AUGGAUACAUAUCGACACCCACCCGGCGACCUCCCGCGUUAUCUUUACCGGGUGCAAUACCGAGGAAAUACAGGACUGUACAACAAGACCAGUGGACUCAAAGCCCGGGACACAACCACGCAAUUCGCGAGAAUCAGAGCUACUCAACUCUUCAAAGACGCCGUUGCGGAUCACUUCGACUGGAGUAGCAGGCGCCCGACACCUUUCAUAACGUUCUUUUCGGUCGAGCAGCACGCCGAAAGAUGGGCACUCUGUUUGGAAAAAUGGGGCAGAAGCGAGCCAGAUGAAGACGACUGGUUUAUUCUGACCAUCGACACGUCAACGCUCACAGAUGUCCACUUUUUCAAGCUUAGCACGCUUGUCGAUCGGUUUGGUCUUGGAAGCAGGAUCGGUUCAAAAGUGCAAGAAUCUCACAAGCGAGGGGCGUACAUUUGUUUGCAUGGGAUCCCGGCUCGCGCGACUGAUCCAGGAAAGACCAAGAUCUCCGGAAACGGAAGAGGAGGAGGAGUCUGGGGGGGUUUCGGGUCUUUUGCAGCGCAUUCUGGGGCUCUCUUUGGGGAAUUGAGUCUCAAUCUCAAAGAUUGGUGCUGUGAUGUUAAUUAUUUCUCUUUCUGCCAAAUCAACUUUACACUCAAAAUUCACUUUCUAUUCCAGCCUCAAAAACACUCCAGCUUCACAUCCUUCACCAUGACCCCACCUCCCCCCACAACGUCGCUAUCCUUCACGUCGUGGAACGACGAUAAGCCCGCCACAAUCAUCCUCCUCCACGGCGGCUUCACCUGCCGUCUUGAAUUCGCCCUCAUCCUCCCCCACCUCUCGGACUUCCACCUCCUCGUCCCUGACCUACCACUCCAUUCCGCCUCCCGCCACAUCAAACCAGGCACCACCGACCACUCAGCCCAGCACGUCGCGCAACUCAUCCGCUCACACGCCCACGGCGGCAAGGCCCAUGUUGUCGGUGUUUCAAUGGGCGGAUACAUAGCCCAAUGCCUCGCCUUGGACCAACCCGACCUAGUCCUCUCUCUUUUUGUGACAGGUGCUGCUCCCCCGAGCGGGGCACGGUUAUUCAUGGCGCAAUGGCCGGGAUUGACUUACUACACUAUGAAGAUGAUGGUAGGGUGGGUACCGAGUUGGUUGUAUCAAUGGCAGGCUUCGUUGCUUGGGUUGAAGCUGGAUAUUGAGUUGAUAGAGGAGAUGAAGGGGAAUAUCACUUGGGAGGUGGUGCACGAUAUGUUUCCUUGGAUAUUGGAGUUUGGCUUGGAUGAUGUGAGGAGGUUGGAAGUGAGGACUUUGCAUGUUGCGGGAGCUAAAGGGGAUGAUGUUGGUAUGGUGGUUAGGACGGCGGAGGCGUUGAGGAGCAGGAGAACAGACCGAGGGGGGGGGUGGCCUGAGGAUGGGUCGGGAGGGUUUAUGUUGAGGGAGGGGGUGCAUGGGUGGGAUAUGCAAUUUCCGGAGUUGUUUGCGGGAGGGGUGAGGGCUUGGGUUGAGGGGGAGAAGUUGCCUGGGGAGUUUGAGAGGCUUUAG